ACCCAAUCUCCUCAUCCGGUAUCCUUAGUCAAAAAGAAUCCCCAUUCCCCUCGAUUUAAAUAUUCCGAAGUCGAUCCAAUAGUUCUUGUUAUACUUGCACAAGAUGAAACAAAUCAUUGUCGUGUCAAUUGCUCAGUUUUUAUUAGCUUCAAGCAUUUUAGCCAGAACUUUUACGAUCAGAAACAACUGCCCUUUCACUAUCUGGCCAGCGCAUUUUACGAACCCCGAUUCCCCUACCAAGCUCACCAGUCAAGUAGCCGGAUGGGAUGCACCGGCGCGAAGCCAAAAAAGCUUCCAGGUUCCUGAUCGUUGGGCGGGAAGAUUUUGGGGAAGAAGGAAUUGUGAUUUUUCCAAACAAGGCCCUAGCUCAUGCGCCACCGGCGGCUGUAAUGGGGGCUUGAUAUGUGAUGCCCGUACUGGAUCGGGAGUUCCACCGGCGACUCUUGCCGAAUUCAAGUUAAAUGGCGAUGGCGGAAAAGACUACUACGAUGUCUCGAAUGUGGACGGGAGUAACUUACCGGUGCUCAUCAGCAACAACAAGGGCUGCCCUUCUCCGUCCUGCAGAGUAGAUUUAAACCCGGGUUGUCCCGAGGACAGGAUGAAAGUCAAGGAUGGAAGGGGCACAACGAUCGGAUGUCUCUCGGCCUGUCAGGCUAACUUGGACGGCAACCACGGCAACUCAGCUAAUUGCUGCACCGGCAGUCACGGUAAACCAGAGACCUGCCCCAAGACGGGUGUAAAGUAUUAUGACUAUUUCAAAGGAAAAUGUCCUGAUGCUUAUGCGUAUGCUUAUGAUGAGAGCAGCCAAAGUGCGCUCUGGACUUGUAACAAGGGUGCAGACUACACUGUCACUUUCUGUCCCUGAAAGCCGAAGGAUUUAUGUGUUUAGUCCGACUUCCACUUGUCAAAAGAAUAAUGGGCAGAUUAGUAGUAGUGAACACACUCACAGGGCAGAAAAAGUGGGAGAAUUAUACAUCUGAAGUUUUUUAUAUCCUACUACUUUUCUACCAUCUCUCAAGACUCUAUCUAAGGAAUUAAAUCAAGAUGUGCUUGUGUUAUCUUAACUUGAAUGCCAAAGGAGGCAAGGUUUCUGGAUGUGUUAUCUUCAGAGAGCAUUUGAUUGAAUUUGGCACGCUAUAGUAUAAGAUGACAUUUAAGAAAAGAUUUAAGGUCAACCAAAAUUGCAAUAUAGUAUCCAAGAUGUCUUUUCUCAUCUGAUGGAUAAUCCAAAGAC